AUGGCGAGAGUCCUCGAGGAUGUGCUUGGACUGUUAGAUGCGGAGCUGCCACGUGAAGGCAGCAGAUCGUUCAAGUCGACUGGCUCGGGUCAAAAGAGCACUGCCAGGAAAAGAGGACCCACUGAUACCACAACUGGCCCAGCAGCCCAAGCGAAGAGGCAGAAGAAUGACUCCAAGCCGGCUACCAAGACUUCGAAGAAGAAUAUCAUGGUUGUGGGCAUCGACGCUGGUUGCACGUAUUCAGCCAUAGCAACUGGAAUUUAUGGUCAGCCAGCCUCACAGGUCAAGGUGUACCAGGCAUGGCAUAAGAACCAAAACAAAUGCAAAGACAAGGUACCUAGCAGAAUUGCGUAUGCCGAGGAAAACGACUUUCCGGAGGACAAAUUCGGAAACGACAUCAAACCAGAUAACAAGUCCACUGUCUGGUGGAAACUGCGAUGGGGUGAUGCCAUCCAUGUUUCCCAGAACAACCUUCGCCUGCUUGAGCACAGCGUUGGUGCAGAAGUGAUGAGGCUCCCUGAAGGAAAGGACCACACCACGGUAACCACAGACUGGUUGCACUUCCUGUACCAGAAAAUCAUGAUGCAUUACCAUGACUUCCUUGGAAUGGAAGCCUUUGACGAAACAACUUUCCACUUCUGCCUCGCGGUGCCAGCAAAUUGGACCCCAGAAGUCCGUGGCUUGUUUCUGCAAUGCGCGGCAUCUGCUGGCAUAGGCGGACCAAGAGGUGGCGUCAAGGACGAGGUGAUAUUUGUGAGUGAGCCAGAAGCUUCUACUGUUGCGGCCUUGCAGGCAUCGUUGGAGAACAAUGGUGGCUAUGCGGUCAAGAACAGCUGCAUCAUGUUGGUUGACCUCGGCGGCGGCACCAUGGAUGGUACCGUGCAUGUCGUGAAGAAGACUCGCCCCUUGAAACUUGAAGAAGCGUGCCCGCAGCUCGCACUUCAGUGUGGUGGAACAGACAUCGAUCGUGCAUUCCACAGCCAUCUGAAACAGAUCUUUGGAGAAGCAUUCAUCAAUCUCCCAUCGGCAUCGGUUUGCGCAGGGAGUGCAUUCAUGGAUGCAUUUGAAGACAUAAAAUGCGAAUUCACCGGAACCGACGAUGACGAAAGAGUGUCUCUGAUCCCACUGAGGAUACCUGACCUCGACGAGGAGGAUCCGGCGAUGCAAAAAGCAUAUGACUUCAGACGCAAUAGCGUUCGAAUCACUCGCGAACAAGUCAAGGAGAUGUUCGAGGUCGCAGUCGAAAAGGCAUGCCUUUUGGUGGCCAAGCUCCACGAGUCAAUCCCCCCAGGAGAGGACAAACCUGAACUUCAAACUUGUAUACUCUCUGGUGGUCUCGGCUCGUCACCUUACAUGCGCAGUCGAAUUGAUGAACACGUCCAGAAGUAUUUUGGCGGUAAGGUCGAGCUUGUGCAGCCCGAAAGACCAUGGCCAGCCGUUGCUCUCGGAGCCGCAAUGAUUGGGUGUGAAAGAGGCCAGAUCGUGGCGAGAAAAUCUCAAUACUUCAUUGGGAUUGUCACACAUGAACAGUUUGACGCCGAAAAGCACCACGAAGAUGACAAGUUCAAAUGCCCCUUGCUUGGGCUUCGAGCCAAGAAUCAAAUGCAAUGGCAUCUCAAGCGGAAUGAUGAGAUAUGUCCCAAGAUGACGAAGACAAUCAAGACUUAUGCGGCAAUUGGGCGCUCCAGAAGCGAUCGGAGCCGGGUCAUCAUAUCCCAGCGUCUCUAUGGCUAUCAGGAGGAUGAUCCGCCCAGUCGUCUUAACGACAGCGUUAGGUGUGUUGGAACCAUUAGAAUGGAUGUGACCAAGAUUGUUGAAACGAAGCAGAGGGAGAUGAGGAGUAGCGGGAGACGAACUCCUCUCACCAUCGAAAUUCCCAUCAACAUAGACGUGAUCGUGGGCUCAGAGCGAGGUGUUUUGGAGGUGCAAGCAAAAUGUGGGCGGCAAAAGUUGGACGGCACCACAAUCCACUACGAAAAGGACCUUGAAUGA